AUCUGCGCAAGGCUCACAACGAGUCGGGAGCUCUCGGCGGGAGGAGGUGCGUGUCGCGUCCGUGUUGUCGGAAUACUUUGCUCGUGCUCGAAGCAGAGGAGGUGGUGGUGGCGACCCGAGGGUGACCCGUCGGGGAUAUGUAAGGCCACGACCUCACGGGUGGAGCCUCAGCUGCCAGCUAUGGACUGUGUCGCCAGCCAGCCAUGAGGUGGUGUGCGGCGCGACGGGUAUGUGUGUGGCUGUGGAGCACGGCAGCCGCCCUCGCUCUGUGGGCCCCCAGGGGCUGCGCGGGCGGGCGUACAAGCGAACACCUGGACAACGUCACACAGACCAUCGAGACCCUGCUGCACGGCUACGACAUCAGGCUCAGGCCCAACUUUGGCGGUGAGCCUUGCUACAUCGGCAUGGACAUCACCAUCGCCUCCUUCGACUCCAUCUCAGAAGUGAACAUGGACUAUACCAUCACCAUGUACCUCAACCAGUACUGGAAGGACGAGCGGCUUGCCUUCAGCUCCAGCGACGAGCUCCUCACUCUGCCCGGAGACUUCGCCGAGAAAAUCUGGGUCCCUGACACUUUCUUCGCCAAUGACAAAAGCAGUUACCUGCACGACGUGACGGAGAAAAAUAAGAUGGUGAGGCUGCACGGUGACGGCUCCAUCACGUACGGCAUGCGCUUCACCACUACCCUGGCGUGCAUGAUGGACCUUCACUACUACCCACUCGACACCCAGAACUGCACCGUGGAAAUAGAGAGUUACGGCUACACUGUGGACGACGUGGUGAUGUACUGGAAGGAGAUCCCGGUGGUGGGCGUGGAGGAGGCCGAGCUGCCGCAGUUCACCAUUAUGGGCUACGAGGCGAACGACCGCACCGAGUCCCUGGCCACUGGGGUGUACCGCCGCCUCUCCAUCAGCUUCAACUUGACCAGAAACAUCGGCUACUUCGUGUUCCAGACUUACCUACCCAGCAUCCUCAUCGUUAUGCUGUCCUGGGUUUCCUUCUGGAUAAACCACGAGGCUACGUCCGCUCGCGUUGCCCUUGGCAUCACCACCGUGCUCACCAUGACCACUAUCAGCACGGGCGUCAGGUCUUCGCUGCCCAGAAUCUCUUACGUGAAGGCCAUCGAUAUCUACUUAGUGAUGUGCUUCGUGUUUGUGUUCGCCGCCCUGCUGGAGUACGCUGCUGUUAAUUACACGUACUGGGGCCAGCGAGCGAAGAAGAAAGCCAAGAAGAUGAAGGAGAGUAAUGGCCAGCAGAAUAAACAGUCGCCAGCUAUCAAGGCAGACGGGGUGUCGACCAACGAGGAGAUCAUUGAGCUUCAGGAUAUCCGCAUGUCACCCAUCCCAUCCAUUCGGCAGCGGCACAACUCCAAGUUCUUCCCCAGCGAGAGUUCCAUGCAGGACCACAAGUUCCCGCCGUCGUUCCGCAUCAAUCGCAACUACUCGUUCCCGACUCGCUCCAGUGUCCACACCCCACGCGCCCCCAAUAGGAAGCGGGUCAUCUCCUCCAUCAAGAAGGGCGCCUCUGCCAUCAAGGGCGCCAUUCCCACCAUCAAGGACGUGAACAUUAUUGACAAGUACUCAAGGGUGGUGUUCCCGCUGUCGUUUGUCUUCUUCAACACAGUGUACUGGUGCUUCUAUGUGCUCUAGAGGCGAGGAGGGGGUGGUCAAGGCCUGGAUCUGCCCUGCCCCUUCCUCCACUCCCCUCCUCCUCACCCCCACCCACCAAGGUAUAUCUGCUGGAGGCUUGCGUUCCCUGCUGUAUUCCUCCACCCGCUCAGCCCGACGCGUCCCUGCCGGUGUGUUCCCCAUGAGUCGUCGCCUCGUGUCGUAUGGCCAGGAACUACUGUUGUGAUAUGAGCCGCCCCGUUCCCUACCCAUCACCCCGCUCAGUGGCCCGCCCCGCGCGCGCACACACACACACACACACACACACACACACACACACACACACCGUCAGCUCAGUGCUCCCAGUGUGGUCUCGGCCUGGCCUGGCUUCACGCCACCCCGCCCCUUGGUGCUCAGGUCUUCCCGCUGAUGCAGUGAUCAGGACCUGCGUGGAAACAUGUGCAGCAGCAGCAGCAGCAGCAGCAGCAGCAACAGCAGCGAAAAUAAAAAGGUUUUCGCUGUUCUCGCGACUUCAAAGAACACCUGCUGUCCCGCUCUGCCCCGGCCUCUCGUCAGGGCUCACUGCAACACCGCCUGGCCACCACUACAGCCGCACCAGUGUACAGCCUCCACCAGACUCACCACCUCAUUGAAAUUAAAACUCAAAAUCCCGUGUUGUGCGUAUACUUUUUUUUUUUUUUUUGGUACCACUGAACAUGCUUCAUAGAAAGAAAACUGAAAAGAAAAAAAAAUCGACUCCCUCAAUUAAAUUGGUAUGCACUUACUGCAUGUGCAUUCCAUGGAGCGUCAGGGAGGGUCGAUAGUGUGUUAGACGGUUUAACGAGGUGCGGACCAGGCCGUGGCUGGUGACAGUAGCAUGACAUGAGGGCAUGCAUGGAGUGUGUGGCGACUCAGGCACCACAUAAUUUCAACCUGCCAACCAUAAUGCAUUUUGAGGCGCCCCACGUAAAAGACUUUUUCUUUUCUUCUUUCCUUCCUUUUGAGUGUAUAUCCAUGCGUGGUCAGUCAAAGCUGCAUGGCCUCGUCUCUGGCCUGGCCUGACCUGGUCUGGCCUUGCCUUGCCUGGUCUGGCCUGGCCUUGUUAUGCCAGACCACGUCAGCCGUCAGCCCACCAGGUUCGCUUUUCAACAUCCGCCGGAGGAGAGAAGGUAUUCGGGGGAAUUAUAUUGCUCGCAUGAUGUACAUAACAAACACCAAGGAUGACACAUGGAAUUCAAAAUUCUUAGAUUAUCUACAAAGAAUUGUUCAAAGUCCAUGAGCGAUGAGCACUUACGACAGACAGAAAACCAUUGUACUGUCAGCUGGUGACAAUCUAGUGCCGCACCAACGCUAUGUUAUGUACAGACACAGACAUUUUACAGGGUACAGUGUACCGCCUACACACAUCUCGUUUUAUGAAAGGCUUUUAUGAAACUAUACGUGUACAGCGGUGCCAUUAUGGAAUUUGCAUUAUUGUGACUAAUCAAUUGCGUUGCUGACCGUGGAAUAGUUGCCACUGAAAUCAUGGCGGUCACCAUUCGUGUGUCGCGUGGCCUUACUGCAGGUGCAGCGACACGCGGGAGACCCACCGCCACGCUCCCUUCCCUCCCUCCCUCUCUCUCCCCUCUGCUCCUCAGCGCGGGUCUCAAGCUAGUGGUCGACCAGAGAAGAAAGGCAAGUAUUAUUAGCUCGUACUCGUAGCGGAUGAGUCGCCGACUUGUACUCCCCACGGACGCGCGUGGUCACCCUCAUAGCGGCAGAAUGAAUGCUGUUUCAUGUGAUAAUACUCGACGCAGUUUACUCGCUUGCUUAGCCUUCCCUUUCUUCCCUCCCUCUUUCUCUCUUGUCCCUCUCUCGUUCCCUCCACUCUUUCGCGUAGACACGCUUAUAUAUAUUUAUUACGUAUGUUUGGCAGACGGUAAUGCUUCGACACGCUCGGAGUUGUGGUUGUUGCCAAAUAUUUGUGUUCAUACAGUGUGCAGUAGUGUGUUCUGAGAGCUCAGCUGAACCAUGACAGUUGACGAGGCUCUCUUUAAUCUUGUUCAUGCUAAUUAUUAAGUGCAUUUUUUGUCAGUUUCAUGAUUUUUAUCACAAGUACAUUUAACUUCUUCAAUUUUCACCAGUCAGAUGAUAGGUUUAACAAACUAGUGACGCGGCGUCAUUCUCAGUAAGGUGAGGCCCUCUCAACGCUAGCUCUCGCCUCGGGAUACGCCGGCUCUCCUGGUAAGCAGAGGUGACCUAGCUGAGUUGCAUACUGUAAUUCAAAGUGUGGCUAAGCACACACACACAAAUAAAUCACACACACACACACACACACACACACACACACACACACACACACACACACACACACACACACACACACACACACAGUGACCCGCUUUGGUAUCUAAAUACCAACCCGAACAAGAAGCGAUGCAUUCAAUAGCGGCAACAUCUUCCCUGGGCUGUGCCAGGGUUGCUUUGGCUCCCCGCAGCCGGCCAGCUUGAUUACCGUGGCCUGAUAUUCAGUGCUGCUGGAGCUGCCGCGGGGAUUCAUAGCACCAUCUGCGCAGAGGGCCACAGUGGGUGUCACACUCAUCUCAUAGCUCAUUAUGUGUGCGUCGUUCCGGGGUGAAAAGCUAAAUAAAUACAGCAUUGUAUCAAAUGUAAAGGGUCAUACAUCUUCACAUAUCAGAAAUCACGAGAGCUUACAAGAUUAUACAGUUUUCAUAAGGAAAAGUAUAUAAUUUUACCAUAGUUGUAAUUACCUGCAGAGCAGUACAGUGAUAUGUGUAGAAUUUUAUCAAUUAAUUUUGAUGCCGCAUUGAUCUCCCAUAAGUAUUAUUGUUAGAAUAUUCUUUCUCGCUCACGUUUGAUAUUUUCAACUCAGAGGUUAGUUUAUCAUAAAUAGUUAACACUUAAAUCGGACGUUUUCGUCACUUCGCAAGACAUCCUUUGAAGACAUAAGAGUGCGGGUUGCUGGUGAGAGGCGAGCGGCGCGGCCCGGUAUGCAGAGGCUGGCACAAAUGGUCAUGGACUUGGCAAGGUGCAUAUAUCAUACAAGCGUCUACUUCUUGUACUUCGAGGAACAGUCAUUGUUACAAUACAUCCUGCACUCAUAUACGUAUCUCACUCAUCCCGCGGAAGUGAAAGAACGUCGCGUCGUGUGUCGCCGCGCAUCUUGAUGAUGGAGGUAAUUGUUGUUCACUACUGGUCAAGCCGAGUCCAGCGUCGUUCUAUCUCUAGCCAUUCGCUUACAGAUGAUGGACGCCUGCGCGCCUGCAGCCUCCGGAUGUGAACUGACACCCUUUGUUCGCUGGGGUGACAAAAUCUGGGUAGGAAAUAUAUACGGGAACUGUCGCCAGAGACCUCUUACAGUAUUCUCAGACGUAAUAGAGAUUAUAUUUGUGUCCUGUUACACAGCCGUAUGUGUGUUUGUGUGAGUGUAUAUAUAUAUAUAUAUAUAUAUAUAUAUAUAUAUAUAUAUAUAUAUAUAUAUAUAUAUAUAUAUAUAUACACACACACACACACACACACACACACACACACACACACACACACACACACACACACACACACACACACACACACACACACACACACACACAUACUAGACGUAUAUGAUAUGGUGGAAAGAGUUUGCGUUGCAUUAAGGAAUUACUAUGGUUUACUACUAUAGGCUAUAGCUCAGGCCUCAGAGUAUGGCAUUACCCGCUGUAUGGUAGUCGUUGGUAGCCUCUUAUCUUAGUGCAAUUAUUUCCCCAUUCAGGUAGGAAUCAGUCAGCAUAUUAUUAAUUAACAUAAUCUGACUUUGUAGUUUCAUACCAUUUUAGGUCGUUUAUCAGGAUACUGUUUGAAGUGGAAGCCACUAGUUAGCAUUAUGUCAUCCGGUAUAUUUCUUUGUAGAAUAAACUUAAAUGAUGUACAUAAGAUGUCAAAAGAACAGUGACAAUAUACGUAUAAUUUUUUAUUGUU